AUGGCUCUCCGUCACGUCCUUCUUCUCACCUUCCUCGCGGCCUUCGCGCUGAGCCUCUCGGCUGCCUCCGCUCUUCCCAGCCACCCUAGUACGACUAAUCGGCGCGCUUUAGGCAACAAGGGCUCCAAGCCCGCGCCGGCGGGCUACGUGAAAGCCGAGUCGCCGAAGCGUCAAGUCACGGCGGAGAUGCAAGCCAAGGCAAAGAAGAUCGCGAAGGAAGCGUUCGACAAGGCGAAGAAGGAAGCGAAGGACCCGGAGAAUCAGAAGAAAGCGGCCAUGGCAGCGGCGGAGCAGAUCGGAAUGAUGGCUCUGAACGCCCUGGUGCCCGGAAGCGCGCACGUGAUUGACGCUGCGGAAAAGGCGAAGUUCUUUAAGGAGCAGAUCUGGCCCAUCAUCAAAGCGGAGCUCCAGAAGCUCGAGGACGAGGCGGCGGCGGAGCGCCAGAAGCACUAUCAGGCGAUCAAGACGCCGCCCCAGACUCCCAAGGGCAAGAAAAGCGGGAAACCUGGUCAUGAUCAUCAGCUUUUAGAGUGUGUUGAGAAGCAGGUACAAGCACAGGGACGGUUGAAGCAGCACAGCAGAGUUUUCCGCUAUCACAUCCUGUCGUUGUUCCUUCGAACUCUUUUUUUCUCUGGUCGUUUCGCCAUGGAUUCGUUACAAGCACGGCAGACGUGGGAGCUGGAGAAUCGAAUCGAGCCGUUGGCGUCCGCUGACGUAGACACGAUCUACCGCUACGACGAGCGAAUUCACGCGGACGUGCUGUCGCAGAAGCCGUGGACCAAAGACCCGCACUAUUUCAAGAACGUCCGAAUCUCCGCGCUCGCGCUGCUCAAAAUGGUCGUCCACGCGCGAUCAGGCGAUACCAUAGAGGUGAUGGGCAUCAUGCAAGGCAAGGUGGUGGACGGCACAAUCAUCGUCAUGGACGCGUUUGCACUGCCCGUGGAGGGCACGGAGACCCGAGUCAACGCCCAGGCUGAGGCGUACGAGUACAUGGUCGAGUUCACCCAGACGAAUAAGAGGGCGGGGCGGCUGGAGAAUGUGGUGGGUUGGUACCAUUCCCAUCCGGGGUACGGGUGCUGGCUGUCAGGCAUCGACGUGUCCACUCAGAUGCUCAACCAGGAAUUCCAAGAGCCCUUCCUCGCUGUUGUCAUCGACCCCACCCGCACCGUGUCUGCUGGCAAGGUGGAGAUUGGAGCGUUCCGCACAUACCCCAAGGGGUACAAGCCACCAGAUGAGCCGCCAUCGGAGUAUCAAACCAUUCCUCUCAACAAGAUCGAGGACUUCGGCGUGCACUGCAAGCAGUACUACUCACUAGACAUCACAUAUUUCAAGUCGUCACUCGACUCGCACCUCUUGGACCUGCUGUGGAACAAGUAUUGGGUCAACACGCUCUCCUCCUCACAACUUCUUGCCAACCGUGACUACGUCGCCGGCCAGAUCUCCGACCUUGCGGAGAAGCUGGAGCAGGCAGAGGGGCAGCUGGCGCAUUCAGGACGCAUUGGGGGGUUUCUGAUGCCACCGCAGAGACGCAAGGAGGUGAGUGGAAAGAGGGAAGGAGGAGGAGUCGCCUCUGAGUCGGUCUACAAGGGACAGCACUCGCAUCACUGUGGAGCAGCUGCACGGACUCAUGUCACAGGUGAGAGUGACGUCAUGCUGACAUCAGCACUUGCAGCAAGGCGGGUGUCGUGGUGGCUUUAG